AUGGGGCCCCCUACUGACCCCGAGCCCUCGGGCAGUGCCCGAGUUUCCAAAUGGUCAGUCCACCCCUGGUUCCUGGUGUUCCUAUUCCAAGGAAAAAAUCAUGGUCAAUGAAGUUUGAUUGAAAUGUUUGCUUACUUCAUUACCUUAAGUGCCACCUGUCAUUGCCCAUCAAUGCCAGCUGCAGUGCUCAUCAAUGUCACCUGCUAGUGCCCAUCAGUACUACAUCAAUGCCACAUAUCAGUGCCUACCAGUGCACAUCAAUGCCACAUAUCGGUGCCCAUCUGAGCUGCCUUUCAGUACCACCUAUCAAUGCCAGUCAGUGUCACCUAUCAGUGCUGCCAAUCCGUUCCGCCUAUAAGUGCCAGUCAGUGCCGCCUAUCAGUGCCUGUCAAUGCCGCCUAUCAGUGCCAACUAAAAGUGCCAGUCAGUGCCGCCUAUCAGUGCCGCCUAUCAGUGCCAUAUAUGAGUGCUGCCUUUCAGUGCCCAUCAGUGAUGCCUGUCAAUGCCUAUCAGUGCCACCUACCAGUGUCUCCUCAUCAGUGCCCAUCAGUGCCACCUAUCAGUGCAGCCUAUCAGUGCCCAUCACUGCAACCUCAUUAUCGCACAUCAGUGAAGGAGAAAAAUCACUUGUUUACAAAAUUUUAUAGCAAAAACUAAAACUUUUUUUCAAAAUUUUCUGUUGUUUUUGGUUUGUUUAGCAAAAAAUAA